GAAACCCCUCUCCCAAACCCACCAUUUUUGAACCUUCUUUCUUCAAUUUCCCCCUCAUCUCUCACCCAAAUCGCCUCAUACAACUACCAAAAUCUUCCCCUCACUCUCCUCUACAACCUCAUACCCACAAAACCAUAUAUCUCUCUCCAUAUACCACAAAACCCGAAACUCUGCCCAUCUCACCCCUUCUCCGAAAAUCAAGCUUCAACAAGCACACCAAUGGCACCCAAAAGAGACAGGGCUGAGAGUUCAACUGCAAGGGGACCAAUUCCCGGAUUUGAGGACGUCCGGUUCGGCCUGGGGAAUCAAAGGCAACGGUUCUUGGCUCAAAUAAAAAGGUAAGGCCAAGGCCUAGGAAGAUGAUGAGGGAGUGGAACGCGUGCCAAGAUGAGUUGACGGGAAUGACCUUGGCGACUUCUAGCUAGUUAUUAUUUUAUUUCAGUAUUUCAAUUGUUACAAUAAAGAGAUUAUUAUUACUUUAUUUUAUUUAAGGAUUGAAGUUUCAGUAAAUUCCUGGAUCCAGG